AUGGAGGUCAGAGACAAGGAGCACAGCAAUGGAGACCGCAGCAAAAUCAACACUACAGGCCUAAUAUGCAACAGCCUGGGGGCCUUAUGUGAUCUGGGGGCCAGCAUAAAUCUGAUGCCGCUGGCUGUGUACACUAAAUUGGGCAUCGGCAGAGCUAGACCAACUUUUAUGCUGUUACAGCUGGCUGAUCGCACGGUGAAAAGGCCAACUGGUAUUCUUGAUGAUGUAGCACUGAUCGAUUGUGAGACUGGGGAACUAAAAAUGAGACUAAACGAUGAAGAAGUCAUAUUCAAUGUUCAGCAAUCUAGGAGAAGACCCAGAAAAUAUGCUAAUUGCUCUUUAGUGGAUGCAGCAGAUGUGAUUCUGCAAGAGGAAGACGCGACCCUGACUGUGAAUGACCCAUUGGAUGCAUGUCUGAAAAAAUCUAGAAGAGAUGGAUGGUGA